UGCAAUGUAGGCAUCACUAGGUUAAUUUAUCACGCUAGAAUGCCUCCCUUUGGAUUUAUGAGUUAAGAGUGCUCAAGGGUUUAGUGUCCUGACAUUUCUUUAAUUAGCAGUCUGCUGGAUCUUUCGCUAAGAAGAUGCUAAGCCAGUGUACUGCUGUCAUACCUCAAGGGUUUUAGAAGGUUGGAAAGCAACACAGCAAGUUCUACACGUCUAUGCCGGCAAGAGAUACAGAAUGUACAACUUACCGUUUUCCCAUUAGAAGUAAACCAAUUUACCUGUUUUCUCAUUCAAAGCAAAGGAAGACUUUUGCUGCUACUUCAUCAGUGAUGCAAGCAUAAAAAGCAAAGUGGAAGGAAAGCGACCAAGGAGGAGCCGAGAAAAAUGGGUGGAAUAAGUAAGGACGACGUUGAGAAAUACCUGGAGAACAACCCACAAUUUGCCAAGGAAUAUUAUGACCGAAAAUUGCGACUGGAAGCAGUGGGAAGCGUCUUUACAAUCAACCCUGGGGAUGUGAAGGAUGGAAUCUCAUUCAAGGAGAUGACUAAGCUAGAGGAGAGUCAAAUGCUUUUUGAGUUGUUGUUGCAAAUCCAGGAACAGGAUAUGGAGACGGAUAUGGAAAAGAUAGUGCAUAAAGUGCUACAAAGGCUAUGCCAGUUGCUGGCAGCUGACCGGUGCAGCAUGUUUAUCGGCCGUUCCCGCAAUGGUAUCCCAGAGAUGGCUGCCAGGCUCUUAGAUGUCACCCCUACCUCCAAAUAUGAGGACAACCUGGUUGUGCCUCAAAAAGAAAUUGUGUUUCCUCUGGACAUAGGGAUAGUGGGCUGGGUUGCUCAUACAAAGAAACUAUUUAAUAUACCAGAUGUAAAAAAGAACAAUCAUUUCUCUGACUUCGUGGAUAAACAAACUGGCUAUACAACUAAAAAUAUGCUGGCAACUCCAAUAAUUCUAAACAAAGAAGCUCUUGCUGUGAUAAUGGCCCUUAACAAGAAAACUGAGCCUGAGUUCUCUAAAGAGGAUGAAGAAGUUUUUAAGAAAUACAUUAAUUUUAUUUCGAUCGCUAUAAAACACCACCACAUUUCAAACAUGUACAAUUUGGAAUUGAGAAAAAGUCAGAUGCUUUUGUGGUGUGGCAACAAAGUGUUUGAAGAACUUACAGAUAUUGAGCGACAGUUUCAUAAAGCAUUGUACACUAUCAGAGUUUACUUAAACUGCGAAAGGUAUUCUGUUGGCCUGCUGGACAUGACCAAAGAAAAGGAAUUCUAUGAUGAGUGGCCAAUUAAGUUGGGUGAAGCAGAACCAUACAAAGGACCCAAAACACCGGAUGGCCGAGAAGUCAACUUUUAUAAAAUAAUUGAUUACAUUUUACAUGGAAAAGAAGAAAUCAAAGUUAUUCCGUCACCUCCUGCAGACCACUGGUGUCUUGCUAGUGGAUUGCCAACGUAUGUUGCCGAAAACGGCUUUAUCUGUAAUAUGAUGAAUGCACCCGCAGAUGAAUACUUCAAUUUUCAGAGAGAAGCUUUUGACGAAACGGGAUGGAUAGUUAAAAAUGUCUUGUCUUUACCUAUUGUCAACAAAAAAGAAGAAAUUGUGGGUGUAGCUACAUUUUACAACAGAAAAGAUGGCCGACCCUUCGAUGAAUACGACGAACAGAUUACUGAAAUGCUUACGCAGUUCCUUGGGUGGUCUGUUUUAAAUACUGACACCUACGACAAAAUGAAUAAGCUGGAAAAUAGGAAAGACAUUGCUCAGGAAAUGCUCAUGUACCAAACCAAGGCAACACCUGAGGAAAUUCAGACCAUAUUGAAAUGGAAGGAAAAAUUAAAAGCAGAAAGUAUUGAAGACUGUGAUGAAAAACAACUUAUUAAAAUUUUGAAAGAGGAACUGCCUGAACCAAAUUCUGUAGAACUAUAUGAGUUUCGCUUCAGUGACUUUCCCGUGACAGAGCAUGAACUGAUCAAAUGUGGAAUACGACUCUUCUUUGAGAUAAAUGUUGUGGAAAAGUUUAAAGUACCAGCAGAGGUCCUUACAAGGUGGAUGUACACAGUAAGAAAAGGGUAUCGCGAUAUCACUUACCACAACUGGCGGCAUGGUUUCAACGUUGGGCAGACCAUGUUUACUCUUUUGAUGACAGGUAAAAUAAAGAAAUAUUAUACUGACUUAGAAGCCUUCGCUAUGGUAUCUGCUGCUUUCUGCCAUGAUAUUGAUCACAGGGGAACCAAUAACUUGUAUCAAAUGAAGUCUGCAGCUCCAUUGGCAAGACUUCAUGGCUCUUCUAUUUUAGAAAGACACCAUUUAGAGUACAGUAAAACAUUGCUAGAAGAUGAGAGUUUAAACAUCUUCCAGAACCUAAAUAAGCGACAGUUUGAAACGGUUUUACAUUUAUUUGAAGUUGCAAUCAUAGCUACUGAUUUGGCUUUGUACUUCAAGAAAAGGACCAUGUUCCAGAAAAUUGUGGAUGCAAUUGAAAAAAUGGAAAAAGAAGAGGAAGCAAUUAGAUAUAUAUCUACAGACCCAACCAAAAAAGAAGUAAUCAUGGCUAUGAUGAUGACUGGCUGUGACUUGUCUGCAAUCACUAAACCUUGGGAGGUACAAAGUAAGGUUGCCAUAAUGGUAGCAAAUGAAUUCUGGGAGCAAGGUGACCUUGAACGAAAUGUCCUACAGCAGCAACCAAUUCCUAUGAUGGACAGGAACAAAAGUGAGGAAUUGCCCAAGCUUCAAGUUGGUUUCAUUGAUUUUGUGUGUACUUUUGUGUACAAGGAAUUCUCAAGAUUCCACAAAGAAAUCACGCCGAUGUUUGAUGGUCUUCAAAACAAUCGAGUGGAAUGGAAGUCCCGAGCUGAGAUCUAUGAUGAAAAGAUGAAAGCCAUUGAAGAAGAGAAGAAAAAGCAGGAGGAAGCUGAGGCUAAAAAAGAAGGAGGCGGUGGAGGUGGAGGUGGCGAAGAUGGCAAAUCAAAAACAUGUACAAUUUUAUAAUUAACUUCAGUGGCACUAAAACAACACCAAGGACUACACAUCUGCUACAUUUGAAGAAAUGUAAGAUCUUCAGUGAGCCCAAGGAUUUGUACACAGCAUAAAGUAGCAUAGACACUUCAGUCCUUGGGCACCUGCCCUUACUAACGGCAUUAAAUGUGGUAGCAUCCACUGAAAAUUCAGAAACUAUGAAGAAUGGAUGGAAUAGAUUCCUUGACGAAGAGGAUUAUGGAUUCAUUUGGGUAUUGGUUGAUGUCAUUUUCAAUGUAUACAGCUUAAAAAAUAAUAUUAAUACAGUAAUGUAUUUUAUUUAAAGCUGAAGCCUAUCAGGAAAAUAUGGUUUUUACUCUACUUCCAGUUCAUUUCAUACCGUAAAAUCUGUGUUGCACAGUUUGUAACCCCUGCAAUUCAUCAUGCAUAGGAACAGGUUUUAUAUUAUAUUUAAAUCUUCCAUUUGGAACAAUUUAUAUUCUUCCCCUGUAUUAUCACUAAUAAAUUGUAGUGUAUGUCCUUUUAGAAAUUAUUAUAGUAUCAGAUUUGUGCCUAAAAACAGGCCUGUGGAGCACGCACAUGAGACCCUGUAGCAUUGUUUUAAAAAAGAAAUGAGAAAUAUUUGGAAAAUGUAGAAUAAUAUCCAAUUUUAAGGUGAAGUUUAUGGAGCCCCUGGUAGUGCAGUGGGUUAAGUUGCCAAGCUGCUGAAUUUGCUGACCAAAAGGUCAGCGAUCGAAUCCAGAGAGUGGGGUGAGCUUUUGUUAGUCCCAGCUUCUGCCAACCUAGCAGUUCGAAAACAUGCAAAUGUGAGUAGAUCAAUAAGUACCACUUUGGUGGGAAGGUAACAGCAUUCUAUGCAGUCAUGCUGACCACAUGAUGUUGGAGGAGUCUAUGGAUAAUGCCAGCUCUUCAGCUUAGAAAUGGAGAUGAGCACCACCACCCCAGAGCCGGACACGACUGGACUUAAUGUCAGGGGAGACCUUUACCUUUACCUUACCACAAUGCAAAGAUUAGUCAUUUUCAGGCCAGACAGAGUUGAUAACUCUAGGCUUCAUGUGGAGUCUUCCAAAGCCAUAGGAUUGCUAGAGGCUCAUUCUAUGAUCUGAAGAAAGAAUAGUACAGACUCCAAAUAAUACAAAGUGACCCAUUGAUUGUGUGAGACAUACUGAAGCAUGAUACUUCAGGCCAUUGACACUCAGUGUGCACAAAAAUGAAGGUACCCAUCAAGACACCCCAAAUCAUGUAACUCUACAAUGACUUGCUUGAGAUGGCAAAGAAGACCCCACUGGGUAUCCUGCACCCAUACAAAUAACAACUUGGGCUUCUAUAAAUGUAUAAGGAAUUAAAAGCAUAUAUUACAAGAUGAGCUUUGCACCAUCGUAUGCCUCCAAGGGAAUGAGAAAUGAAUGGGGCAGGGGGCUGUGUAUCCUGCAAUACUCUAUAGGCCACCCCCAAACCAAAUAUUCAUUAUUCUAGAAAAGUGCUUAGAAGGUGGUGUAAAACUGUGUCCAGUUCCGUGCUUUGACAAGGCAGUGUCAAGUAUAACAUCACCAUGCCAAUAAUAAUGCAGAGCUUUUCAAAUCCUGUGUCGUGACACAUUAGCAUGUAGGUGUGUCAUGCGAACCUAAUGAGUAACCUCUGAGUCUGUGAAACAAGCAAUAAAUCAUAUAUUUUUAAAAAUA